AUGACAUCAAUGUACUUCUCAGGAAAGAAUAUUAAUGAAAUCUUCUAUGAUGACCCUGAUAACCAACGCAUCCACAUAUAUCCAUCCUUAUUCAUCGAGCUUAUGUCUGAUCGAGAGCAAAACGCAAGGGUCUUUUUAGACACUCCACUUUUGAAAAUAAGGAGUUUAGAUCAGCCCAAGUUAUUACCUGCUCCAGAGCAUAUAAUUAACAAGUUUUCAGCGUCGGUUUCGAUUGGAAGUACGCCAGACUUGGCGGCACUUUAUUAUAUCACUAAUUUGAUGGUAGCGGCUGGAUUUCGAGAUAUUAGUAGUGAUGAAUUCAAGGAUGACUUUCUUGCACCGCUAGAUAGCGCUAUCAAAGGUUCGAAAUUCGUCAAUAAGCUUUUAUCAGAUGAAUACAUUUAUCCAAUAGCGCAAUCAAAUAGCGAGGAAUGGAUUCAGCGAUAUUUCAAUUGGUAUAUACUGAAAGCAAUUAAUAGUCUUUACUUGUUCACUUGCGGUAAAGAUCAUGCAUUUGGGGGACCCCUGACUGUGAAGCCUUCUUUUACUAAUGAGAAGCAUUUACGGUUUAAGCCCGACAUAAUCCACUACCUGACAAAUAAACUGGCUUCGUUGCAUGAAUUCCCUCAUAUAUAUUUUGGGUUGGGUGAUUACAAACCAGAAAGCUAUUGUUUAUCGCAAGGAUUUGAAGGAUUGAAGACAGCUAUAAAAGAUUACAAGCAAAAACUAACGAAUAUUAGGCCAUUGAGGGCGAUGAAAGCUUCACUUUUUUUUGAAGAUAAGGUUAAGAAUAAGAGUAGAAGACAGGAGUGGACCCCGAGAGUGGUGUUUUCUUUGGUGUUACGGAAAUACUUUUACCAGGCAUUCCUCUGUGGUACCGAUAGAGUGUUAAUUUCUGAUCAUCAAACAUUUUCUGGGUUUUUCAAAUACAAAAUUAUAAGAGACGAUGAAGUUGGCGACAAGAUGGUUAUAGACUACUACGUUAUUAAUGAUCCUGAGACAAUUGCAGAUGGCAUAACAUUAAGGUCGGCAAUAGCUGGGUUCUUUUAUAAUAGCGAGGAAGAUGCACUCAAAACUAUGGAAUCACUAAAAGAAGUAUAUAAAUUAAGAUGCAUAGAACAAGGUUCAGUGUGGAAAGAAAAAGAUGAUCCACUCCGUAAUGUUGUACCUGAGCCUGCGGAAAAGUCUAAAUCUGGGCCUACUAGUGGCAAAACGAGUGAAAAGUCUCAUGGAAAUCAGCUUAAAGGCAAACUAAAGCUGAUUGAAGAAGAUGAUGACUAUGAUAACUUUGAUGAAAUCCGGGGAAACACCUACUGUCAAAUAGUAUACGAUCCUGUCAAGGCUUUUCCUAGGAUAGGACUGGCCCUUCCGUCGCCAGUAUUUGUUAAGUUAUACAAUUAUCCAGAGAUGGCACGGGAACAUUUUCCAAGACGGCAGAGCUACUACAAUAUGUUUAUAACGGAAUUUGAAAUUAACGAAAUGCUUGCGAAGUCUCAAUUUGCUUCACAUUAUGCGAAGCUUAUCAUGUCUGGAUACUGGAAUGGNCUACCAAGCCAUCCGAUGCACAUGUUUGAAUACCUAGGAAAAGAGACGCCUAUUGAUGAAUGGGACGAGAAAGUAUAUUUUGGUAUUAAAUCAAGACUUGGAGAGAUACAUCUGAUGGAAAUAUCUCAUAACGAUAUCAGGUCCGACAACAUACAUGUAUCUGCGACGGGAAAGAUCACCUUGAUAGACUUUGGAUUAGCGAUUUAUCCAUGUAGCGAGGAGAAUAAGAGUUGUGACAUUGAGGCCCUCGACCGGUUAUUUUCAGAUUAUUCCAAUGAUAAUCAGAGUCAAAAUAGCCCCGAUAAUGAUUAUUGGAAUGAUGAUGCGAAUUCCACGCACGAAGCAGUUUUUGAUGAACUGAUUACAGGGUCCGAUGAUACCCCGGAAACUACCAAGUUGGAUUUCAAUCAAAAGACUGAUAAUGAUACGAGGAGAUAA